GUGAGGCUGGCUUAUAACGAGAAGGAUGACAAGCAUUACGCGAUGAAGAUUCUGUCAAAGAAGAAACUCAUCAAGAAAGGUCGAAUGCGAAUGAAGGGACCACCGAGGGAGAAAGGGAGGGCACCGGUGACCAACCCGCUGGAGAGAGUGUACAGAGAGAUCGCGAUACUAAAGAAGCUGAACCAUCCAAACGUGGUCAGGCUGGUGGAGUGCAAGUGGGGUUCGUGGUCGCUGGUGUCUAGAUCGUGGGUGUGCGGCAGGUGGCGCUGCCUGCAUGGCUCGCCACUUCGCAUCGUGCAGGCUGCUGAGGAGCGAAUAGCAGCGUCGUUGAUGGAUCGAAGGAAGAUCAUUUAUUUUCUAGUGUUCGAACUUGUCGAAAGAGGAGCGGUGAUAGAAGUGCCAACAGAUACGCCUUUAUCGGAGAAAGACGCGUGGACACACUUCCGCGAUGUGCUUCUAGGUCUUGAAUACUUGCACAUGCAGAAGAUUCUUCACAUGGACAUCAAGCCGGAGAACUUGUUGCUUGGUGACGACGGACACGUCAAGAUAGCAGAUUUCGGUGUGAGCAACCAGUUCGAAACAAACGACCUUCUAACCAGCUCUACAGGAACGCCCGCCUUCACCGCACCGGAAGCGCUCAGGGAAAACAAAGGAAAAUACAGUGGCAUGGCUUUAGACAUCUGGGCGCUAGGAAUCACUCUCUACUGCUUCGUCUACGGACAGGUCGUUGAUGAUCCGAAGGAAGAUCAUUUAUUUCUAGGUGCAUUCCUACGAUCACUGAUUACUAGGACUCAUACAGAGAUCCUGUGCCAACCUGCUUUCACUCCACUUACUCUUGUGAUACAGCAGACCCUCAACGAUCUCAUUCGCAAGAUGCUGAGAAAGAUCGGGCGAAGAGAUCGCUUUGUUCACCCCUGGGUAACGUCACAUGAUGCCUUCCCUUUUCCCCAGCAGCAACAGACCCUCAUCACCGUAUCUGUCGCUGAAGUUGACUCGAGUAUCAAACACGUUCCAAGACUCGCUACACUGAUACUCAUUAAGCGUAUGUUGCAUAAGAGAUCCUUCAAGAACCCGUUUCGACGGACUAGACGGAACUCAAACGCCGACCGGCUCGGAUUUACCGGGAGGUUUAACUCAGCGCCCUGCUUGUAUAAUUUGCUCAAAUAGCCAAGCAUCGACUAUGCGUGCGUGCGUGCGUGCGUGCCUACGUGCGUAAGUGCGUGAGCGUAAGUGCG